UUGUCACCGCAAACAAUUAAAGUAUAUAUUCCACGUCCUACAAUGAAUCGAAUAAUUUCAAUUAUAUUUUCUGUCUGUAUUUUUCAGACAGCUGUAAAGUCAUAUAAUAUUGAUGAAAUGGAAUAUAAUUUAGAUGACUUAAAAUAUGACGUGAUAACGAUAAAUCAGACUGUUCAAGAUUACAAGGAAUCUAUAUUUUUAUUGUUAGCAACAAAUUACGAGCUAAUGGAAGACACAAUAAAAAACGAAUUCAAAAAUAUAACACUUUCGAAAUUAUCACAAUUACAGAAUGAAUACGGAAUUUUGGACAUUGAAAACGUUAAAGAACCACUGAAAACAUGUUUUGCAAAUAGAUCAUUGGCGUGGGCAAAAAAAUUCAAAAAAUGUAUCACAAAAUUGAGACAAUGUGCAGUAAAUAUUGAAAUUAUGAAUUACAUGAUUCCAAUUCAAUCGUACGAUUUAUACUUUGUUGAUACUGUCAAUAAUUUAGAAUUGGGAAUAAACGAAGAAAUUUUUGGAAACUAUGAAAAAAAAAAUUACAGUAAAAUUUUAACAAAGGAACAUUAUAUGGAAUUAAAGAGUUCUGAAUUAAAUAUCCUCGUCGAUGGUCUAAAAGGUCUAUCGCAAAAUUUAAUAAAAUUACUAACAAGUGCCAGAGAAAAUGUUUUGAGUGAAACAAAACAAUGCUCAUUUGAGGCAAACCAAGAUUUAAAUGACAAAUGGCGUAUUAGUGAACGACUAUUAACCAAUUGUUUUUUACAACAUAAUCAAACUAAUUCAGAAAAUAAUUUGUAAAAAUAAAAAAGAAUUAAUUGAAGGGUUUUUAGUUCCACUGAAUUUAGAUUUUUGUUAAAUAAAUAAAUAAAUAAAUAAAUGAAAUUGUAACACUAAUAAUAAUUUAAAUAUUAAUUAUAAUUAAAAUAAAUAUUUUAUAAUCAUAAUUUAA